AUGCCUCAACUAAACCCAAACCCCUGACUUUUUAUCAUGCUCAUUUCAUGACUGACCUUCUCCAUAAUCAUCCAACCCAAAAUCCUAACAUUCGUAUCAGCCAACCCCCCAUCCAACAAAGUAUACUCCACACCAAAAACUACCCCCUGAACCUGACCAUGAACCUAA